ACGGUAGCGCGAGAAAAGAUAGCUUAUUCUUACCUACCUACCUACCUACCUACCUCCUCCCUCUAUAGAAACCUAGCACGGAAGUUCGGCGCCUGGCAUGGCAUAGCAUGGCAUGAAUGAACGCGUCCACCGGCCGGUGAUCUUUCAUGCCAUGCCAUGCCAUGCCAUGCCUACCUAUUGGAACGAAAGCUGACGAUACAGAGAGCAAUGCUAGAACCACGUAUUCUCAACUACCGUCCGAAAAAGUCCGAGCUCGUACUGUUACCCCAUCUUCACUCGGGUUCUGUCUGUCUUAUUGGUUUUCCUCCUCUCCUCUCUUCUCCGCGAACGAAGGGAAAAGGAGGCAGGGGGGCACAUGCUGAUGAUAGAUUGCAUGAUGAUGAGAGAGAGAUUUUCUUCCUUUCUUUCUCAUUCUGCGGCCGCCAGCAAGCAACUAUUUUCAUCCAAAGCUCUGGUGCCAACGAACGAAUGAACGAACGAACGAGAAGCUUAAACUUUCAUGGUGUUUUUUUUUCUAUUCUUGUGCCGUGUCUGCUGGCUGUUGGCGUGGUGUGCGUGUUGGUCUUAUAUUGGGCCAAGUUUCCGUUCUCUGGUGACGACGGAUGAAAGGACAGAGGAGGGAGGGUUCGUUUCCUCACGUCGUACAGCAUCUUCUCUCCAGUACUAUUUGAUUGACCGCAACUAUUCUAAAAAAAAGUAGGGAAAAGGCAAUUUGGGACACCGCAGAGAAGAUUUGGUUUGGGGAAUG